AUGUUGCUGAUGUCAACUCUGUCGGCCCUGUGGCUGGCCACGUUUGCUUGGUGUGUGAAAGGGGAGGAGGAGAAUGUCAAAAGCAUAGGGCUAAGGACACAUUCGCUUGCCCAGCCUUACCUUGACUCGGACAUGCAGAGCCGGUGGUACGAUUUUGGAGGCGAUACCAUUAUUCGCACUGACCAAUAUAUUCGUCUUACUUCGGACCGCCCUUCACAGAUGGGGUGGCUUUUCUCCAGGGUACCAUUGACUGCCACGAACUGGGAGAUUGAGGUGGAAUUUAAGAUUCAUGGCAAGAACACGCUCUAUGGUGACGGUCUCGCCAUGUGGCUUACCAAGGAGCGCGGCAAGCUUGGUCCUGUCUUCGGCAGCGCUGACCGGUUCGAGGGCCUUGGCAUCUUCAUCGACACAUAUAAGAACAACCGGCCCGGUGUUGUCUUCCCCUACGUCAUGGCCAUGGUUGGCGAUGGCAAGACUUCCUAUGACAAGGACACAGACGGAAAGAAUGUCGAGUUUGCCGGCUGCUCCGCCAGGGGUCUGCGGGGUGCCACUAUCCCGACGAAGUUGCGUCUCACUUACUUCCAGGACAAAUACCUCAAGCUGGAGCUCCAGUACAAGUCGGUCGGCGAGUGGACGCUUUGCUUCGAGACGAACCAGCCCCCUGCGAUUCCUCAAGUUGCCUAUCUGGGUUUCAGCGCUGAGACGGGCGAGUUAAGUGAUAAUCAUGAUAUCAUUUCGAUUGAGGCCCGGAACCUGUACACCGCUCAGCCGACCAGCCGGCCGACUCCUGGUAGCGGCAGAGGCAAAAAGGCAACCAAGGAAGGUAGCAGCUGGGGCUGGUUCUUCACCAAGAUCAUGAUCUUUUUCCUGGUCAUUGGCGGCAUAUACGUCGGGUUUACGGCUUGGAGAGCGAGCAACAGGCGCAGCCAUCGGUUCUAA